GGGCGGGCUUUGAGUGGGCGGGGCCUACGUUCCGCCGUCCAGUGCCUCCACCCGGCGCAGUCCCCGCGGUGGGCCCCGAAGGCCUGCGCGGCUCCUUUAAGAACUCGCGGGUCUGACGCCGGAGGUCGCGGCGUUCUUUCGGAGCUGCGGGCCGAGUGCCCUCCACAGCUCAGGCCAGAAUCCACGGCCAUGAAGUUACUGCGGGCGGGUUUAACCCUAGCGCUGGGCGCCGGGCUGGGUGCAGCCGCCGAGGGCUGGCGGCGGCAGCGGUGGGACGCACGGGAGGCGCCCGGUUUGCUAAGCCGGCUCCCCGUGCUGCCCGUGGCGGCGGCGGCCGGGCUUCCCGCCGUGCCCGGGGCCCCGGCGGGCGGCGGGCCCGGCGAGCUCGCCAAGUACGGGCUGCCUGGGGUAGCGCAGCUGAAGAGCCGCGAGUCUUAUGUGCUGUGUUACGACCCGCGCACCCGCGGCGCCGUGUGGGUGGUCGAGCAGCUGCGGCCCGAGCGGCUCCGAGGCGACGGCGACCGCCGCUCUUGUGACUUCCAUGAGGACGACUCAGUGCAUGCGUACCACCGCGCCACCAACGCCGACUACCGCGGCAGCGGCUUCGACCGCGGCCACCUCGCCGCCGCCGCCAACCACCGCUGGAGCCAGAGGGCCAUGGACGACACCUUCUACCUAAGCAACGUCGCGCCCCAGGUGCCACACCUCAACCAGAAUGCCUGGAACAACCUGGAAAAGUACAGCCGCAGCCUGACCCGCACCUAUCAAAAUGUCUAUGUCUGCACAGGGCCGCUCUUCCUGCCCAGGACAGAGGCUGACGGGAAGUCCUAUGUGAAGUACCAGGUCAUUGGCAAGAACCACGUGGCGGUGCCCACCCACUUCUUCAAGGUGCUGAUCCUGGAGGCAGCAGGCGGGCAGAUCGAACUCCGCUCCUAUGUGAUGCCCAACGCGCCCGUGGAUGAGGCCAUCCCGCUGGAGCGCUUCCUGGUGCCCAUCGAGAGCAUCGAGCGGGCCUCGGGGCUGCUCUUUGUGCCGAAUAUCCUGGCCCGGACGAGCAGCCUUAAGGCCAUCACUGCCGGCAGCAAAUAAGGGCCGCCCCAGCCAGACUGUGGGGUCCUGGGGACCAGGUUGAAUGAAAGGUAUUUAUUUUUGGA